AUGACUCCGAUUGUAGCGCAUCGUCAACGACAAUCUGUCGGUCAAACGGUUCAUGUAGCCUCGAGGAUGGAGCACAAGACAAGCCGAGUUGGAGAACAUGAAAUCACGCAUCAUACCGAUUGUCAAGUGACAGGACCCAAUUCAGCGGGCGAGCCGCAGAGACGAUCGUCGGACCAAUGUCAGUUGUCAAGGCAACAACAGCUGGAGGUGUAUUUGUCGCAAAUUCGUCAGAAACAGGACAAAAUUUUACUGUUAAUUCAAGAACGUCUGUCCAUGCCGGACAUGGCCAGGAGCCCGGUCGAGGUAACGGAGGGCGAAAAAAGUGAAAAUCCACCAAUUUCCUUGUGCAAAAUGGAUACAGGCGUCGGUCAGAAUGGGCAAAAUACAGUUGAAAUGGCUGACAUUUCGACAGAAAUGCCACCAAAUGUGCACUCUUUGGAGGAUUCUGCACAAAUGCGAGCCAAUCUACGCGGUUUGAUACAGCAAUCGGUGGCGAUUUGUGCCAAAAAAGCCACCGAAUUGGUGGAAAAUCUGUACACAGUCAACACACCGACACUGGAAUUGGACGAAUGUGACCGACAAACCGGCCAACCGUUGGCCGUUGGAGGCGUCAUUUCGCUGUCGCCCUCAUCCGCCACAGCAUCGUCACAUUUGUCGCCAAUUUUGAUGGAUUUGCACAAAUCCAACCUGGACUAUGAGUGCAAAUUGGUGGAAACCGACACCGGCACCCAGCAACUGCACGUUCUCAUGACAAUCGAUCUGCCCGACACCAUUGACAUGGAAGAUGAGACGAAAUGUCGACUCAAGUCUCGAGCAUGUAGACUGAAUGAUGAUGAUGAUGCUGAUGAUGCUGAUGCUGAAAAGAAGUCGAAAGUCUAUCUAUCGAUGCCGGAAACGGGUCAUCAGCAGUGUUGUCCGCUUGUCGGCGAUGAGAAAGUCAACAAAUGUAGGCAUCACUCGAAAUGGGAUGAGAAACCAUUUGUCAAAAAGUCCUGUCACGACAGGAGUCGCAAGGUGCACAUCGACAAACUGCACAGUUUGACCUUUCGUGCUGGCGGCAAAUUGCACGAGCAUGUUUUGCAUCAUGGUACCAACUCGCCGGCGGAAUGUGUCGAUUCUCGUGUGAAAUUGACGUGUCAACUGGUCGGCGAUUCGGCCGACGGUCGACAGGAGCGAUUCGACAAAUGUGCACAUGAACCGGCGCGACGAAAUGUGCAACAUUGUCGCAAGCGUCGAGACGACAAAUCGGCCAGCAUUCGACAAAUGCACCGAGAACUAUGGGCCUCCGAGCAUGCCCAAUCGCUGGGAUUGCUGCACAGCAACCAGACCGGCUAUUAUCACACAAACUAUCCGUCCCCACCGCCGCAAAUGUCGCGACAGAGUUGCCAAGAGGCCGCCAAAUCCGACGUCUGGUGGCCGUCGCACGGACGUACCGACGAGCAGACUGUCGCCACACUUCACACGCCGAUCAUUUGGCACACAAACGAGUCGGCCAGACACAAUUCCGCAGAACCCUAUCAUCAUCAUUACACAAUGGGCUUUGUAUAUGCCAACAUUAUUUGUCCAUUUGCCGAAAAUGCUGAGAUUACUCCGCUUUAG